AUGAACAAAGACUUUGUUGAUCAUAUUGAUUAUUAUGGAAACACUGAUGAAGAGAAUUUGGGCCGAAAAAGACGCUGCCGCACAAAUUUCACGGAAGCGCAAUCAGUGUACCUAGAGCAAACGUUUCAAGAUUCUCACUACCCUGAUCAAGCAACGAAAAAAAUUUUAUCCGAACGACUGGGCAUACCUGAGGACAGAAUAACGGUCUGGUUCCAGAACCGACGAGCGAAGUGGAGGAGAAAAGAACAAAAGCACAAGAACGUGCAGUACCAGGAUAAGACGUAUGGAAAGGCAGCAGCACCAGAUUACAGUUUUCAAAUGAUGAAUCCAUCACCCCAGGUGUACCAGACGGACUACAACACAGGGAUGAUGUAUUUCGAUCAGAAUAUGAAGCACCCAUAA